GGAUGAAUCCCUUUCGGUUAAUCUCUUUGCAGAUUAUAAAUAAAGAUGUCAAGCUAUGUCAGAUUUAAAGAAAAAACAAAACAAUUUUAAUUUCGUCGUUCCCUGUGCAACGACGAAAUCCGAACAUUGAACCACAUGGACUUAUAGGGACCAAAACAAAAAUCAACGAGGAACUGACAAGAACCUAUAGACCGGGUGUUAUCCAAACCCAGCGACAUCGAGUUCAUAGAGCUCUUUAGAACUCGAUUGCUGAUUUACAUAAUUAUUCUUUUCAUUCAAAGCUUCAGUUGACAAGAGAAAAGACUAGUGUUUAUUUUUUAGCUUCAAAAUCAAAUUCGUUCCUUCAGUUACCUAGAGAAAGAAAACGUGGACUUGCAACAGUAACUUGACUGAAUUAUCCGGCCUGUAUACUGUAUGGUUCAAAAGACACUGAAAACAUCGGGGGCUGGACUAAAAUCGUUUUGACAGUCUGUAUUAGUGGAUGUUCUGCAUGCGCAACUUUGAUUAAUUGCCGUCGACCAUUGACAAGUUUAGUUCAUAACCACGAGUGAUAAUUUCUUUGUUGUAGGUGAAUGUUUACAUAGAGACAAUAGUAUUGAGCGCGUGGGUUGGGAGGUUUAAAAUGUUAGUAGAAAACUCUCGGGUUGUUUGUCCGUAGGGUGUUGAUUUUCGCAAGUAACUAGACUGCAGAAUUUUGGCCCUUUGUCGGGCGCCAUGGACGAUUUUUGGAAUCAUCUGUCUUUCAUCGCAUCUUAGACUCCUCAGGUCCUCUCUCGUAAGCCUUCCGGGCCUUCAACUUCAUCUUUUAAAUGAAUAGGUAAUAAUAAAUCAAUUACAAUAUUAAGAGAGCGGAAAGCCACAUCAGCUUUAGGUGGUUUUCAUUCGGAGCCUCUACCCCGGUCGAAUUGCGCCAAACUUGUUCCUCGCAAGCCCCCAUCUAUUACUUCUCCAAAACCUGUCCUAAGAUAAAAAGACUAGACAAAAUAUGAACUUUGAAACAAUUGUUCCUUUUGACGAAGAGGGGUUUAUUUAUGAUUUUUUCUUCGAUUCAAAUAAGCGCCCGCAAUUUACGGAUCUCUUAGUUUACCGUGUAGUGAAGCCCAGGCAAAGAAAUGUUUAAUAAAAAAAAUUUCCAGGCAGGAUGAACAUUUCUGGCAAGGAAAUCAGCAGCAAUUCAGGGCACUUCACUUAAAACUCGUGCCUGUCGAAUGGCCGAAAAAUAUAUUACCUCCGAGGUUUUAUUAGACUCCCGAUCCGGAAUGAACUGAACUUUUGACCGAAGAUUACCGGCAAACGACCGAAGACUUCCGAAUAUUUCUGAAAAGCGCAAUGGAUCAUGGGAGCCAUACAGAAGACUAGGCUCUAACGUCCACUCACAUGGCGGGCUAAAUCCAAAAUGGCGGCCAGCAGGAACUUCCGAGAAGUUUCACUGCAAAGCGAGCAGAGAGAAGGAACUGUGAUCAAUUUUACGGUAGGAUCAUCAACAACAAUAAGAGAUGGAGAUUACGUCAAGCCCCAUGCGGGAGGAGGAUAUGCUUAUCGGGAGAGUGGCAACGUAGAUUCAUUCACUCGGAAUAGAUUCAUCGUCUGGAGAAUCACAGACAAUGUACUGGAGCUUGUUGAAGAGUCCCUUGACAUAAACCUCACUGGUAACCACCUUGAGCUGAAGUUUACAGAUGGAGUUCUUUUACCAGUGGUGUAUAUUUUUGAAACUCAUACACAUAUCAGUGUAUUAGCCGCGACAACCAACAGUGUCCACAGGAUUGUGUUCUCUCAUCCUGACAGACUUCGCAGACAUGGAUUUGGUAUAUCAUUCUCUACUGAGGCAAAUCAAUACUCAAUCUUCAAUGAUUUUUCUAGUCGUGACUUAAGAGAUGCUUCAAAUUUUGGCACUUUCACACAAUCCUGCUCAACCUUUGCAAGUUGGCUUUGCCAGGAUGGGAACUGUCUUUUUGCUUUAGCGACUGGAACAGAUGUCAUCUUGUUAAUAAAACUACCUCCUCCAGGAAGUGAAGGUCAAGUUGAGCAGUUUGAGUUGAGGCAAGCUGGAGUAAUGCAGCGUCUCUGGUCAGGUCUUGUUCCUUCUAGCCUGAGGAGGGACACAAUGGCUUCCGAUGCCGUAAUGAGUGUGGGAAUCCAUCCAUAUGGAAAACAAAUGUGUGUGUUUGCACUCUGUAGGGAUCUCAAGCUUAGGAUCUGGUCUUGUCAGAAUCAGUCAUGUAUUUAUGUGAAAGAUCUUGUGGAAGAUAUUCCUGACGAUGUUGAUCUUCAAAACUCCCCAGCUCAAAGUCAUUUGCUUCGCAAAGUGGUGGACCCAGCAACAGGAAGACUUUACCUUGGUUUAUUUUUAUAUUUAGCAGAAAACACACAGUUUUGUGUAUACGAGGUUGAAUCUUUGGAGGAUGGAGUGAGUUUAUCCCAAGUAUCAUUCUCUUACUUUCCAAAGGGAAAUCUGGUAGACUUUGUUGUUACUACAUCUCAUAUUUGGACUGUAUGGACAAGUGCAGAAGGGGAAACAAUGGUCUAUUUCACACCCACUGAAAAUUUAGAUUUACAGCAAUCUGGUUGGACAAGAGUGUUCCUUGAACUAACAGAAAACUCUGAAGUUCUUGUUCCGCCCUACAAAGAGCCAAGAGAAGUCUUUCUUGAGCAGCUGUUCUACCCGGGAAGAUUUUCAAAUCAUUCCAUUCUUAAAGCAAUGCAGAUUUACCGCCAUUUACCAGUUUCCAAUUUCACCAACAAUUAUGAUGAGAACCUAUCAAGGAGAGAUCUCAAGCAAGCUGUUAUCAACCUUAUUGACUCUGAGAUUCAGGUAUCAGCUCCAGAUUACGAGAUGCUUCAUGAUGAGUAUAAUGACCUGCAGCUACAGUGUUGGACCAAGUUCUACAGCUAUGUUGUACAAUACCAUCAAGUCGGAAGUAAAGCCAUGGGUAUUUUUGUUGAUGGCAAUACAGGAUUAGUCUGCUUAGUUAGAAAGGAAAUGCUGUCAUUCUUCAGACCUUGUGAACUGUUUGAACAGCUUCAUCUUUGUGUAGAGCCACUGGAUGUCUCACUUCUUUCCUCAGAACCUUCUCUUGACAAAACCAUGAAAACAUCAUUCAUAGAUUUCUGUAAUGUCAUCAAAAUGGUUGCACAUCAGCUGUCUGCGGAACAUUUGUCAUCUCUUGAAAAUGAUGUGAAGUAUCAACUGAAUCCAGCCUUAACUGCUGACCAGAUUGCCGUUUACCUUCUGACAAACGUAAGUGACGAAGAACAACAAGAUGUGGACACACAAGUGUUCUUUGAAUUUGCCCAGGAACUAGAAACAAGUUUACACAAGGUUCAUAACCUUUUCCAGAGUUUGGAAUUCCUCCUUCAAGGGUUAGACAGUCAAGGCAUCAUAAGAGAUGACGUCAGAGAUGAUGAGGCUGGUUGGUCUGAUGUAUCAAAUUUAGUGAGCUGCCAUCACUUGUUCAGCAGCCAGUUGAGCUCCUCCCUGCUUCCCAUGUCUUCUCACCAAAUGGUUUCAUCACGAAUGGCUGUGUGCAAACAUCUCUUGGUACUGCUCAGUUUGAUAACAAAGCUUAGCGUCAACAAGGUAUUAACAGGUCAAAACUGUGAUGUUCUACAUGUAUGUUAAGUGCAUAUUUUAAUGGGAAGCAUGGUGAACCAAUGGUUAGUGCAAGUGCUGGUCUAUGGUCCUAGCAGUCUGGGUGUGAGCCCAUGUGGGGGUCAUUACUUUGUGUUCUUGGGCAAGACACUUCUCUCAUCAUACCUCUCUUCACCCAGG